ACUCCACCCUUUUUCCUGUGGGCGAGGGUAGAGGUAACAGAUCCUGACGGAGUCGGACGGUGUGAAAACUGAUCGACGGCCUUUAUUUGUUGAACAGCGGAUGAAAUCUGCUCUUUUAGCGGUUAGAAAUGAUGAUGUUUAAGCUGCUUUUUUGGACUGGAUGCUACAGUCUGCUGUCAGUCGCGGAACAAGUUACAGCUGAAACUGAGAUAUUUUGCUCCUCUGAGCCGGUAGUAUCAUUCUGCGGCUCCAGCAUCAUUCUACAGUGUCACCUCGAGCCCCAGCAGGACGCAACAGACAACACAGUGAAAUGGACUCAGCAGAGUGAUGUUGUACACAUUCGUAAAGGUGAAAAAGACGUUCCUGGAGAACAAAUGGAGAGGUUUGAAGGACGCACGUCUCUGUUCUCUGAAGGUCUCCGUAAAGGAAAUCUGUCACUCCAACUUUCUUCUUUAAAACUCUCCGACUCUGGAAGAUACAAGUGCUCCUUUCAGGUCGGCUCAGUGGAGAAGAGUUGUUACGUUGGUCUCAUUGUUGGAGAGUCUGAAGUGAUCGGCUCACCUGAUCCAGUUACAGCAGAGUCGGGUCAGGAUGUGGUUCUACCAUGCCACCUGGAUCCUCCGUUUGAUGUAACAUCUCUGGCUGUGGAGUGGAGAUGGAACAAAACUAUGGUGCACUUAUAUCGAAAUCUUAAAGAUGAUAAAGAUAAUCAAGAUCAGAGGUUUAAAGGCAGAACUUCUCUCUUCCAUAAUGAAAUGACUCAUGGAAACAUUUCCCUCAAACUGAGUAAAGUAACUGAAGAAGAUGCAGGAAUUUACACCUGUUUUGUUCCUAAUCUUAACUGUCGGGUGAAAAAAGGAAACAUCGAUCUGAAAGUUGAGUUUAAAGAGGAAGAUCCAAACAACAAAGGUCAGAUUUGACAAGACAGGAUGAGAAUCCCAUUUUUAAUUAGACCACUGGUUUCAUCCAACAUCCUGCAGCCUUUAUUACUGCGUGGGAGUGGAGCCUCCUGUAGGGGUGUACAUAUUGUUUUUCUGUUUGGCUGGUUAUACUUUAUGUACUUUACAUUUACCGUAGUUUAUCUGUUACAUGUGUUUCUUCUCCAGUAAAACGCUUGUGGAAUUCUGUAUGGCAGGCUUCUAUAUAUAUGUAUAUAUAAAUAUAUGUA